AUGACCCUACCAAGAGGAGGAGGAUCUGUCCUGAUUACUUACGAGUAUGAAAAACUUCGUAAAAAGUGCUUCCACUAUUUUUGGCUUACACACGAGAAAGCAACGUGUCCCUUGCUAAGGAAAUCCCGGAACCUUCAUCAGGGAGGCCCACACAACAAAAGAGAUGCUGCUGACUCUCCUCAAGGCAAGAGCCCUAAAGAAAAGGGAUCACCCGAAGGACCUCCGGGUUUCCCUCCCCUGUUCCCAGAGCUCCCUAGAGAGGAAAGACAGAUGGAGAUGAUGACAUCAGGAGUUCAGGGAAUAUCUUUUCCUGGUCCGGUUGGCGAGAUCAGACCAAUUAUAGUAAGCUUUGCUCUUGAGAAGGAAGAAGCUGGCAAAGGACGCUUCUACUUUGACAAGCGAAUGAUUGACAAAGUGGGGAUUGAAGAAGCUAUAUGUAAAGGUUAG